GGUGUCUGCUGCAAGUAGAUAGUACAAAAAACGCACGCACUCGUGCUCAGUGUGCAGUCAUUGCACAGGUAACGUGCGGAUGUCCCGUUAAUGAACACGCGCUACUGCACUUUUGAGUUCUAACGAUCAUUCAUUGUCAUGCAAAAGUUAACUGCUCGCAGAUGGACUUUGGGUUUGCAUUGCUCCUAUGCUAAUCGAGUUGAGCGGCAGUAUUUGCGGUAGUUUUGAAGGCGGAUCAGUCUUUCCUAAUCUAUUGACUUGUUAACGGAAUCUAUACACGGUGCUUUGUUGAACCGCAAAACGGAGGCAGGUUGCAGAUCUUACUCUUGCAGGAGCGCAGGGGAACGCCACUGGAGAUUCUACACCCCUAGGGGUACAACAUUACCAGAAUAGGGGUACAUUAUCCACCCAGGAGUGCAACAUUUCCUUUCAUAGCAGGACCACUACAAACCUUACCAAGGCGCCAUGGAUCAGAUCAGAGCUGUACCGUGGAACCUUAAGAUACCAGCGAUGAGUAUCGCCUUUGUGGUGCAAUUAUUACUGAUUUCGUCAUCAAGCUACGCACAAUCAUCAGUCCCAUUCGCAGACGGCGGUGUGGGCCUACGCACAGACCUUACUACAGCAGACGGUGUAACGCAACCACCAGUAUCGUUCACGUCGAUAUCAACUGUUAUCGUGACUGUACUUUCCACAUUGACGCCACCGCCAUCACAAGAACCUCCAUCGUCAACCAACACGACUGCGCCUGCGACAUCGUCGUCUGCUUCAGCGUUGCCACAAACUGAUACUGCAAACUUGAACAUCUCUACAGAAGUACCUUUUACGGAAUUAUCAACAAAUCAAGCACAAAACGAUUCCAACACUCCGCAAAGUCUCAGCACAGAUCUUCCAACGACGGGACCCCUGAUCGACGAAUCCGAUGCGACAUCGCUGAUCUCGACGUCCAUCGUCGAAAAAGACUUAACGACAUCGAUAUCAUCUGCACCGUCGAUUUUAAAUUCAUCAGAUGCGAUGGAAACUAUUCAGCCGACUUCGUUAAGCAGUAUGGGCGUAACGAACAACGAAACGAUGUCAAUGACGACGGCUACAGAUGAUUUGGUUACAUACGAACCAGUCACUGACGGUAUUAAUCCAACUUAUGAAGACGUCAUUACGGCAGUUAGCGAUGAUGAGGGCAUUUUCACAGAAUCAUUCCUUCGCCUGAUCAUCAUCGCUGGUGCAACAGCGGGCUCGUGUCUCGUUCUCCUCAUCUUAGUCUUCAUCAUCGUCGCAUGCUGUCAUAGACGACGACAACGAAAGAGAAAUGCACGAUACUACGAAUUCAAAAAGAAAGACUUCAGUUCAAAAUAUGAGAAAGUGGAGCAGAGGAACUCAUUAGCACGCGGCAGAGACCACGCAGAUGGCGGCACACCAAUCGGCGGAGGCUGGGUUUUCAAUUCUAGCGGUUACCAUGGUGAAUAUGAAGACGAAACCGCGCCAAACGUCGCACUGCGCUCCGUCUCACCGCUAGCGGUCGCUACACCACUUCUCAAAGUUUCUCCAGUUGAGGACCAAAAUGGCGUUCCUGAUUCGGGGCACGGUGGCUCGAUCACGGCGGAUGACUCGGCCUUCGGGCUCUCACCGAGCCUCGAAGAGGACAUUGAGAUGGAAUUGAACCCUCUUUACAAAGCCUUGGGGACGUCAGUCGGGACCGGAAGUGAGGUCAGGGAUCAUAGUUACAUCGGAGGUGAUUCGGACACAAUAAGCGAAGGCAACGAACCAGUCGAUGAUGCGCCGAUACGAGACGUUCUUUUCAAUUCAUUUGGUGCUAACAGGGUGACCAGUGAGGAAGCUGUUGAACUUUGAACUUUCAAUCAUAUUUUAUACAUUAUUAUAUUCAUUUAUAUUAAAUGCAUUCUCAUCCAAUGUGACACAACUUACGUUCGAACGAGCUUUUGGAUGAAUGGUGCGCGCAAGCAGGGUGGAGUACUUUUUAAUAAAAAUAUAUUUUCUCUCUCUUUUGUGUCAUUAGAAUGAUUCGUCUUCCAAUAUCUUCUGUUUUAAUGACUUGUUGAAUUCAUAGGAUUAGGCUUUAUGAUAUUUCAAUGACUAUGUGCCUUAUUGGAAAUGUUGUUUCGAUGUAUAUUUUGAUAAGUAAAACCUAGUGUGAGCUGAAAAUACGAGAAAUGUCGGGAAUUAUCAAGGCAAGCUAAAAGAGUGAAUUUGAUUUUAAAUUUUAUCUUAUUUAUUUUUACUCAGAAAAAUAGAUGUAAUCAUGAACUUCAUUAAGUGAAGAGAAGAUGCACAAUUAUAAAAUACAAUAUGACGUACAAUAUAAACAAAGUAUUUUCAUCUUCAUGUUUCGGGGAAUAUACUAUCAUGACCAUUACAUGGUCAUUUAUUGUGAUGGAAGUCAGAUGCUAUCAAAGCACGUUAAUUUUCUAGAGAGAAUCUUUUUCAACACCAUAUUCAAUAUUUUCGAGAAAGAAUAAUGUGUUUCAUAAUCUCAGUUCCCCAUUUUUACCCAUCAGGGUAGAAAAUGAAAAAAGAGUAAUCACGAAGGGAAAUACAUGUCUGAAAACGGAUCUUUCUAUGAUAAUAAUUUGGAUUGCUGUAUGUUAUUCAAUAAUAUUGAUAGUAAAGCAGAUUUAAAAACAAUAGCAAAGAAAAAGGGAAAUGAAACGGCAUGAAAGUAUCCUUUAGUACUCAGGAAAAAAGUACAUGUAGUUUCCUAACUUUGUCUAACCUUUCCCAAAGCAUUUGUAGAAAGCUCCAUGCAAUCUUCAACCAGUUUCAUUUUCCUUUGAAAUGUGUUCAUAGUAAAUUUUAAUUAAUUAAAAUAAAUAUUAUAUCAGGGUCAUGAUGGCCGGACCGUAGGUGUAUUGAGAUUGCACGAAAAACGGCUCCUCUUCUUUUGGAGCGCGUAAUGUCUAACAUUGUGAGUUUUCUUUAUUAAAAUUCACGCAAGUGAAUGAUACCUGUUGUAUGUUAUAAAUCAAAUGAGCAAAGGGAUAUAUUUGUAAGACCGUGGUCAAAACCGGCCGUGCACUUCUCUACGUCUGCUCUACGACGGAUUUCGGAGGAAAUCCUUGCAUAGGACUCACGGGUCUGCACGUUUUCUUUUUAAGGCAGCAGAACACUCAAUCGCCUGCAAGAGUUUGUUUUUUCUCUCGACAUAUCCAAUAUCCUCUGCGUGUGGGUAUACGUUUUUUUAAUGAGCGCACGAGACCUAGGCAGUCGUUGUACUUCGGUGCAAACCGCGCAAGGGCUUCCUGCAAGCAUUUCACGGAUUACUUGAGGUCUUCUACCUAGUCGGAGC